GUGCCUGACGCCAGUGUCGGCCCUGCCGCCAAUGAUGGGCUACUACAGUCUGGAGGCUGACAGCAGCAACUCGCGCGACUUCGCCCUCACCUACAACGGCAGAAUCAGGACAAGCCCCAGGGCGCGGCCAUUGAGCAGAAUGCCCCGCAAAGGACUGGUGAGCCAGCCGCUCAUGCCCCCUUGGAAGGGCCAUGAGAAGAGGCAGAAGGAAUUUCUUCGCGUCCGUCUGGAGUUGAUCAACCUUCUCCUGGCGCACGGAUCCGACCCUGGGGAGAAGUGCAUCAUGCUGUUCAUGUGCCACUGCGCCCUCCGAGACGAGCGCUUGGAGAAAUGCAAGGGGCGGCCUCUGAGAGAGUGCGUGCCGCUGCUCGCAAAGACAAUGCCCGACCGGGAGUUCUGGGAUGGGGUGCCGACCGCGUUCAAGGAACACCGCAAGAAGCAUACCAAGACGAGGGCACUGCUUGCAAGACGAGGGGCUAGAGUGCGGGUCAUUUUCUCGACAGAAUGAGAU